UGGGGAGGAGCCGGCCCGCCCAGGUGAGGCGCGCGGCGAAGUCCUUGCCCGGAGUUGGGCGCUUGUCUCUUGCCAGGAGCUCGCCCGUGACAGCGGGAGGCGGAGCCCCGCGGGCGGGGGCAGAGAGCCGGUCCCCGGCCGCGGGAUGAGCAGGACCCGGGCGCCGUGCUGAGUCGGGGCCGGAGAGGAGGCGGCGGCGGCGCAAGCCGGUCGGGAACAGAAACAGUUUGGGCAGCAGCAGUGCAGAUUUCCUCAUACUGCCUGCCAACAUGCCUCAAAUCUGACCAGGAAGGGGCCACUUAGAAGGAAAAAUGACCUUUCAUUAAAGAGCAUAAGAAUAAGUCACCUUACUGUAAAAAAUCAAGACUACAAAGCUAGUCUAACUGAUGAAGAAACAAAACCUACACCAUAUGUUGUACAAUGGGUACUACAAAUGAUGAGAUGGUUUCAGUAGAGCAGACUUCCUCCUUGAACCCUCUAUGUUUUGAAUGUGGCCAGCAACAUUGGACAAGGGAGAAUCAUUUGUACAACUAUCAGAAUGAAGUGGAUGAUGACUUGGUCUGCCAUAUUUGCCUUCAGCCUUUGUUGCAGCCAUUAGACACCCCUUGUGGACACACGUUCUGCUACAAGUGCCUAAGGAACUUUUUGCAGGAGAAGGAUUUCUGUCCAUUGGAUCGAAAAAAGCUUCAUUUUAAACUCUGCAAAAAAUCCAGUAUUCUCGUACAUAAACUGUUAGACAAAUUGUUUGUUUUGUGUCCCUUUUCUUCAGUAUGUCAGGAGGUAAUGCAACGAUGUGAGCUGGAAGCACAUCUCAAAAACAGGUGUCCUGGAGCUUCCCAUCGAAGGGUUGUACUGGAGAAAAGGAAGUCUAGCAAGCUGCAGACAGAAGCUGAGAAUGAAAAUGGGCCUAAUCUGAUAGAUCACCCAGGCAUUUUAUCUCCAGAUACAGACCAUGCUGGGACGGGGCCAGUGCCAGUGGAUCAGAACUUUACACCAACCACUCUUCCUUCAUGGACAGAUGAGCCUGGCCUUGACAACCCUGCCUUUGAAGAGAGCACAAUAGCAGACAGCUUCUCACCUAUGGAAUACUGUCCUGUUCGAACGAAAAGGCAACUGAGUAACUCCUGCAUCCAUCUGCAUCGAACUAACAGUAACACCUCUAGCAUCUGCGAUAUUAGAGAGGAAACACUGAGCCUUACCACAGAGGAAGCAACCCACCAGCCACCUACCUUGCCCGAAGGAGAAAUCACUACAAUUGAAAUUCACCGGUCCAAUCCUUAUAUUGAGUUAGGAAUUAGCAUAGUGGGUGGCAAUGAAACUCCUUUGAUCAACAUUGUUAUUCAAGAGGUUUAUCGGGAUGGGAUCAUUGCCAGAGAUGGAAGACUCCUUGCUGGAGACCAAAUACUUCACGUCAAUAACUUUGACAUCAGCAACAUGUCCCAUAACCGUGCUCGAGCUGUUCUUUCCCAGCCCUGCAUGGUGCUGCAUCUCACGGUGCUCCGAGAGAGACGAUUUGGAAGCCGGACACACAACCAUGGUGACAGCACUUCGCUGCGAGAAGACGGCUUUCAGGUGACGCUGCAUAAACGAGACUCCAGUGAACAGCUUGGCAUUAAAUUAGUGCGCAGAACAGAUGAGCCAGGAGUUUUUAUCCUCGACCUUUUGGAAGGGGGAUUGGCUGCUCAAGAUGGCAGACUCUGCAGCAAUGACCGGGUACUCGCAAUCAACGGACAUGACCUGAAACAUGGGACACCGGAACUUGCUGCUCAGAUUAUCCAGGCUAGCGGGGAAAGGGUGAAUUUAACAAUCUCCAGACCAGUGAAAUCGCAGACAGUCGCUAUUCUCCGAGAAGCAGGGACUCAUAACAGCAGCCAGCACCAGGCGCAGCAGCUGUUCCACAGCAGACACAGUUCGCAUAAGAUUCUUUCCCAGUGUAUUGCAUGCCAAGAAAAGCACAUUACUGUGAAAAAAGAACCACACGAAUCCCUUGGAAUGACAGUGGCAGGAGGUAGAGGCAGCAAAAGUGGUGAACUGCCAAUUUUUGUUACUAGCGUGCAACCUCAUGGCUGUCUUGCAAGAGAUGGCAGGAUCAAACGAGGUGAUGUGUUGCUGAAUAUUAAUGGCAUUGACCUGACCAAUCUAAGUCAUAGUGAGGCAGUGGCUAUGCUCAAAGCCAGUGCUACCUCUUCAGUGGUGGCACUCAAAACAUUGGAGGUUCAGAUUGUUGAAGAACAAACCCAGACUAAUGAGGAACAACCAAGCACAAUCAGCGAAAAUGAAUAUGAUGCUAGCUGGUCGCCCUCAUGGGUCAUGUGGCUGGGGCUUCCCAGCGGCCUACAUAGCUGCCAUGAUGUAGUGCUACGGAGGAGCAAUUUAGGAAGUUGGGGCUUUAGCAUCGUUGGUGGAUAUGAGGAGAAUCACACAAACCAGCCUUUCUUCAUUAAAACGAUUGUUCUUGGAACUCCAGCAUACUUUGACGGAAGGUUAAAGUGUGGUGACAUGAUUGUCGCUGUAAAUGGACUAUCCACAGUGGGCAUGAGCCAUUCCUCACUAGUUCCUAUGCUGAAGGAGCAGAGGAACAAAGUAACUUUGACUGUUGUUUGCUGGCCUGGAAGCCUCAUAUAGAUUUGUAAAACCGCUUUGGUUCAAGCAGAUGAUUUUCUACGUGGCUGGUAUAAAGCCUCCAUUUUUUUUCUACUGAUACAGCUGGUAAUAAGCAGGGCCAAAAACUGCUACAUUCAUUUUUUUUAAAGGGGGGGAUUCUCAACCUCUUUACUGUACAUAUGUUGCCAUCUUGAAACAGCCAUAUCUACCGAAUUUGUUGUGCUCAUUGUUUAAGAGCUGGCACAUGCACGUUAAGAUGUUAUUGUCAUUAAGCCUUCCCAGACAGUAAUAGUCUGACAGUCAGCAGAAGAAUUCUGUGGUAUUUCUAGUUAAUAUUUUUCCAAAUUGAAACGUAAAAUGGUAAGCUAUGUACUCUCUCCUCCUUGAGAGAAGAUUCCUGUCAGUAAUGCAAUUAAAGUUCUACCGUUGCUGCUGUGAAUCAAAAUUGGUAUAAAAAGGAAUGCAUUUUUCAUUUUUUUGUAAAUAUUUUCAUUUUGUUCCAGUAUGUUAAAACCAUUCAAGGAUCUGUCUUACUCAUAAGAAAGUGUUUGGUCCCAUGGUUUUUGUUGCAGGUCAUCAGUGUUCACAAAAGAGUAGGACAAAAGCCUGAUAUUACUGGAAUUUUUAUAAAGUGCAAUAAUCAGACUCUUUGCUAGAAAACGAUUUAAUAUAUUACAAAGUUUGUAUCCUGUAAUGCAAAGGAAUAUGGAAGUAAUCAGUCAGAAUGCUGGCAACAGUAAAUAUGCCUGGGUCACCUUUGAUCGAACGGCCUGCUGUAUUAGAGUUUACUUUCCAAAUGAAUGUUUUGCUAUGUCAGAAAAUUUUGAUGAACAUUUUUACUAAAACCAUUUUUACAGUUUAUAUUGUGAUUGUCAGUAGCUCUUUUUAUUCUUAUGUAGAAACGUUAUUGUGACUCAACCUGUAAAUCAGAGAGGUAUUUAAAAAAAAAAAAGAAGAAGAAAGCGGUUUAUGACAGUGUACAUUACCAUUUAAAAGUAA